AUGUCCCAAAAGAGUGAAUAUAUUCAAACAGAAACCGGAAAUAAGGUGUCACGGAAAUCUUUGAUAAUCGGGAGUCAGAAUAUUAUUCUCGGCGGCAAGACGAUUAUCCAAGCCGACUGCUGCAUACGAGGUGACCUUCGUAGGUUGGUUCCACAGGGUCAGAAUGCGGCGGCUGUGGCCAUUGCUGUUGGACGGUACUGUUUUUUAAGCAAAAGCUGUCUUCUCCGCCCGCCAAGCAAAACAUAUCGAGGCCAGUUUAGCUACUACCCCAUGAAAUUGGGGGACCACGUAUUUGUUGGUGAGGGUAGCGUCGUUGAAGCCGCUGUUAUCGGUUCAUAUGUUAAUAUUGGGAAAAACUGCGUUAUUGGGAAAUUUUCGAUAAUUAAAGAUUGUGUUCGGAUCGAAGAUGGGACGGUGAUUGCCCCUAACAGUGUUAUCCCAUCGUUUUCAUCAGUCGAAGGGCACCCUGGUAUAGUGGUAGAGGAAUUACCAGAGACAGCAGCUGAAAUGCUCGAGCGUGAGUUGAACCACCAGUAG